UCCGGCUUCGCCAUAGGAACACGUGUAGGGUGUAAAGUGUCGAGCUGAAGAGAGCAACAGCAUCAAACUUCAGCUUUUGCCCACCUCAGCGUGGUCUUUAACAUUUUUUUUUGUCUGUGAACGGCUUUGCCGACUAAGUGGUCAACAUGGUGAAGCCUAAGUUUAAGGGGAAAAGCUCGAUAAACCCCUCGUCGUCCAGCAGCAACCCCGAUCGAGCCAAAGGUGCUGGUGGGAACAACAUGAGGGACCGAGCCACUAUCAAGCGUCUGAAUAUGUACAGACAAAAGCAGAGAUGUAAUAGCCGUGGAAAAGUCAUCAAACCGCUACAGUACCAGUCCACAGUAGCUCCAGGGACUCAGGCCAGAGUGGAGCCUAACAUCAAAUGGUUUGCAAAUACACGCGUGAUCAAGCAGUCAUCCCUGCAGAAGUUCCAGGAAGAGAUGGGAGCAGUUCAGAAGGAUCCAUAUCGUGUGGUGAUGAGACAAAGCAAACUGCCUAUGUCCCUCUUGCAUGAUCGAGUCAAAGCCCAUAACUCUAAGGUGCACAUUCUAGACACGGAGGGAUUCGAGACCACGUUUGGACCCAAGGCCCAAAGGAAGAGGCCCAGUCUCAUGGUGGGGGAUGUAAAGGACCUCGUGGAGCAAGCUGAGGCCUCGGCCCUGAGCUACGAUGCAGACAAGGACAAAAACCUGGUUACCGAGGACACAGGGGUCCGGGAUGAAGUACGCGAGGAGAUUUUCAAAAAGGGUCAGUCAAAGAGGAUCUGGGGAGAACUUUACAAGGUGAUUGACUCAUCUGAUGUCAUAAUCCAAGUGCUGGAUGCACGUGAUCCCAUGGGAACGCGCUCCAAGAGCAUCGAGACAUAUAUGAAGAAAGAGAAACCUUGGAAACAUCUGAUCUUUGUUUUGAACAAGUGUGACCUCAUCCCUACCUGGGUGACGAAACGUUGGGUAGCUGUUCUGUCCCAAGAAUACCCGACUCUGGCUUUCCACGCCAGCCUCACCAACUCGUUUGGUAAGGGCUCCCUCAUCCAGCUGCUCAGGCAGUUUGGCAAGCUCCACACAGACAAAAAGCAGAUAAGUGUGGGUUUUAUUGGCUAUCCAAAUGUGGGAAAGAGCUCAGUCAUCAACACUCUGCGGUCUAAGAAGGUCUGCAACGUGGCCCCCCUCGCCGGAGAAACAAAGGUGUGGCAGUACAUCACGUUGAUGAGGCGCAUCUUUCUCAUCGACUGCCCCGGUGUCGUCUACCCGUCAGAAGACAGCGAAUCUGAUAUUGUAUUAAAAGGAGUGGUUCAAGUGGAGAAGAUCAAGAAUCCAGAGGAGCACAUUGGGGCGGUGCUCGAGCGUGCCAAGCCAGAAUAUAUUCAGAAAACUUACCGCAUCCCUACUUGGAAAUCUGCUGAAGACUUUCUUGAGAAGCUGGCUUUUCGCACUGGGAAACUUCUAAAGGGGGGUGAGCCAGAUCUUUCCACAGUCUCUAAAAUGGUGUUGAAUGACUGGCAAAGAGGACGCAUCCCCUUCUUUGUAAAACCUCCUGGACCUGAAGGAGAUGAAGAGGACCAGAAGCUGUUGCCAGUUGAAGGACCAUCAGAGGUUCUGGAGAAUGCGCAAGAGGAACAGCCAGACAACCCAGACGCCAUCACAGAGACACAUGAGGAGCAGAAGCAGCAGCAGCAGCAGAGAGAGAAGGAGCAGGUCAAGAAGAUUCUGGCAAAUGUCCGACAGAACUUCGGCAAAAUCAACGUGGCGCCUGAGUUCAGCGAGGAAGACUUGGUUCCCGUGGAGAUGCCAGACCUGGACAUGUCUGACCUUUCCGGCUCUGACGGCGAGGAAGAGUGCGAGGAAGACGAGGACGGCGAGGAAGAUGGGGCCAGCGCUACACCAGCAGACGGAGACAGCGAGGACGCCGAGCCUACAACCUCUCAGAAUGACAAGGCAAAAGGCAACAAGAGUUCACGGGAGGUCAUACGCGAGCUGGACGAGAAGAUCGCCAAGUACAAGCAGUUCUUGGACCGAGCCAAAUCCAAGCGCUUCUCUGCAAUCCGGAUACCUAAGGCGCUUUCUGACAAAGUGUUCACAGACAUCAAGACUAAACAAGCAGCAGCGGCGGCGAAACAAGCACAAAUGAAAGCUGUAAAUCAGAGGGGCAAGAAGAGAAAAGCUGAUGAGGAGUCCAACCAGGCUGACAGACUGACAUCUAAACAGAGAAGAGCCAUGGACCGUGCUAUGAAGGCGAAGAAAGUUGGCGUGCGUUAUUACGAAACGCACAAUGUGAAAAACAAGAACAAGAACAGAAAGGCCCCAGCAGCAGCCACAGAAGGCCAAAAGACCAAAAGAUCAAAGCACUAGACUGGCAAAACACAACAUACGUCAUUGACCUGUAUUUAAAUUAGCCAAAAAGGCUUUGUUUUAUUGAAUCACAACUUGGUAAGUGGUGCAAAGGUAACUGAGUGUUAAAUGAAUCAGGUGGCCACUUAAUGCCUUACGGUGACCUCGACUCUCCCACAAGGAAAUCACUCUGCCUUGCCUUUUCAACUUUCUUCAACCCAGAACUGUUUUUGAAUGACAUUUCAUUCAUCAUUUACAAAUGUACAGCUCUCUUGAUGUUCAAGAGAAAUGUGCAGUAAUUGUUUGAAGUAUAUUUGUCAUGCCAUGCUGAUAAGAAAAAUUAAAUAUUUACUAAACUAAA